GGGGCGGCGCGCGCGGGGGGCGCGGGCGGGCGCGGAUCGCGGCGGCGGCGGCGGCGAUGGCUUUCGAGGCGCUGGCGGAGGCGGCGGAGCGGUGGUGCGCCCGCACGCCCUUCCAGCUCAUCGCCGCCGAGGAGACGGAGCGGCGCAUGGACUUCUACGCCGAGCCCGGCGUCUCCUUCUACGUGCUCUGCCCGGAGGCCGCCUGCGGCGACAAUUUCCAUGUGUGGAGCGAAAGUGAGGACUGCUUACCUUUUCUGCAACUUGCACAGGAUUACAUCUCCUCCUGUGGGAAAAAGACACUCCAUGAGAUACUGGAAAAAGUCUUCAAAUCCUUCAGACCCUUACUUGGGCUUCCAGAUGUUGAUGAUGAUGCAUUUGAAGAAUAUAAUGCAGAUGUGGAAGAAGAGGAACCAGAAGCUGAUCACCAACAGAUGGGUGUCAGUCAGCAGUGAUUUUCUGAGAAGCUAAAAAUAUUCGGAAGCCUUUGGUACCAGGUGGGGUCAGGUGGUCCCACGUUAGCCUGUUUGAAUUAGCACAUCACAUGGGGAUAUCUGGCUCCCAGGAUCAAAGUUUUACAAAACGGUUUAAAAAAUAUUAAUAAUAAUAAUAAUAGUAAUAAUCUGUGAUGAGCUUUGCUAAGAAGUGACCUGAAUUUUGCUCCUGCUUCAGUGGGUUUUCUAUGGAGUUGUCUUGGUAGCAUUCUGCCGUAAUCAAUCUAGAAGUAGUUUUGUUGCUGACUUGUCUCUUCGGUUUGUGUUCAAGAGUAGCGUUCGCUGACAUGAAUGUAGAAUACCGAGAAUGUAGGAAGUGUGUGGUGAGAGUGCUGAGUCCUCACUGGUGACCUUUCUGAGGAAGCCAGCGCAGAGAGCAAAUGCGACCUGCGCUUUUCUUUUUAGUUCAACAGCUAUGGUUUUUGACAAAGUACCAAGCUUGGAGAGAUUUCUCCUGAAAAACACUAGUUUAAUAGCGGUUGGUACUGCAGAAGUGCACGUGAAGGCUGAACAAAACUAAUGGGAAGCGGGAAAUCCAGGAGAGUAUUGGUGUCAGACAUAUUAGUGUCAAUUUACUGAUACCUGAGUUUACAAGUGCUGGAUUAAUAACUUGGAGUCAUUAAGUAUCAGUAGUACACAUUAUAACCAACCCUGGUACUCUGACACCAUUUGAUCCAAAGCCAAAUGCUACUUUCAUAUAAAUCAAUUAAAAAAUAGCCAUCGCCUAUCCCACUUCUGCAUGACAACCAAUUUUAAGCUUUGCCGUUUUUAAUACACUGCUAAAUUAUUAUUGUACACACCUCGUGGCAUCAUGAAUUGAAGUGCAACUUAACUUUGAAGCCAUAAGGGUACAAACCAGCACCUGGUUCUUAAAAUUAUGCAGGACCUGUUUCCCUCCCUGGGCCUUUGAGCUGGUCUGGACAUUUACACCUGGUUAGAGGGGAGCUAAAAUAUUGCUACUUUGGCUGAUAUAAAAACGAAUGAGGUUUUACUUAGCUGGGGACUUGCUCCCCAGAGAAGUUUAGCAGGGUCUGGGUAUAAAGGAGAAGACCCCUCGUAUUUUAUACCUAUUUUGCAUAGAUUUAAGUGACUCAGAGGAGUGCCAGACUGUGAAGAUGCAGGGUCUCUGUAUUUACUUGCCUUUUGUACUGAAAAUGUAAGAAGCAAAGGGGAUUCUGUUCUAAUACAACCGUUUUCCACAUCGAGCAAAAUGUUUCCAAAUUUACUCCUUUUUCCCAAUUUUUUUAAAAUUCAUGAAAUGAUGGUCACAUGCUUCAAAAGCCCUUUUAUACAGAAUUAGCUUUAUAAUAACAAGAAGUGAGCUAGAAAAAAUGCUUGGACAACUCCUAGAAACAACUCAUACCAUCUUGAAAACCCUGUUGCUAGCAGUGUCUCCUUUUCAAUAGAUUUUUUUAAGACUUUUUUUUUCAAGGUUACUUAAGAGAGCAAGUUUUCUUGGUGGUUUACAUUUCUGAUGAUGGCUUGAGAGAUGCAUAGCACUUGAUUUUUCUAAUCUGGGGCAACAACCUGCCAUAACCCGGAUGGCGUGUGGUGCCUGAGAGUGCACAGAAGUCUCCACAACACUGUAAAAGUUGGAGUUUAGGAAUAUCAAAAAAAGUGGAACAGAAACAGAGCUUAAUGCAAUUUUGUACAUUCUUUCGGCAUGCAGGCAUAAACAUGGUAGUCGCAGCACAUUUCCUAUGGACUAGUGACGUGAGAACUGUGGCAGUUCAUUGUAUAACACUGUACAGCAGCAAUAGGCUUUUUGCUUACUAAAAUAAAGUGUAAGACCAGUGGUUUCCAUCCCUGCUUUAAGUCCGCAAGUUUUUCUUUCCAGCUGAAACAGAUGCCAUAACCUUAAACACAACCUUGCUUCGGGAGAGCUUUUCUCUUUGUAGCAUCCAAUCCUUUGGUUGCAGCUCAUACAAGUAGAUCUUUUGAGGCAGACUUCCCUCUGCUGUAACCUAACGCAAGACAUAACUUACAGUAGUGCAAGCUGGAGGCAAAGUCCUGCCAGUCAGGUUUGCUGGCCACUCGCACCCAUUUUGCUUAGGUGCAGGUGGCUGGCACCGACAUGCACGUGCGUGCACCCACACCUGCACAAGCCCUGGGCACCGCUGCAUCACGAGCUGGGCUGUGAGGUCAGUCUGGCUGUGAAAUAACCCUCUGCCUUUUUACAGACAGGCAGUUUUCCAGCUGGAUCAUUCCCACCAUCUGGUUCAGUGUGUGGCUGCACAGAUUAGUGCUGGCACAACAGAGGGGAGGGUGUAAGGGGUGGAUGUGGGUGGUAGCUGAGGACCUGCAGCCAAAGGUGCCUCGCACCCCUCGUAUGGUGUUAGGGACCUUGGCAGAGGUGCAGACCCAAUCUGAACCGGCCCAAGUGUUGCGAAGGAUUGACUCCACAAGGCUCAGUGGAGAACUGGACUCUGGGUGGCAGCAGGAUAGGCAGGAAUUCAUGAAAUGAGGAAAGACUGCAAGAUCAGUGCUUGUAAUUGUGUACAGGAGGUUGUAAUAUGUACUGCACUCUGCUGCCAUUCCCUGCAUAUUGAUUGAAUUGUUCAUGAGCGGUCGAGCAUUAAUAUGGUUGCAAGCAAACAUAACACUGUAAAUUAUGUAGAUACGUUAUUUUCUGUAUUCACUAACUCACUUUUUUGGGGAAUGCCUUAUGCCAUUUGGGUGAUUUCUACACCAGAAUGCAAGUGCUGGACAGAUGGGGGGGCCUUCUGCAGUGGUCACCCCUGCAAAAUUCCCACUGAAGCUAGCCAGAUUUUGUUCAAACGGGACCUGUGGGACUGGGCACUCCAGGGGGAUGCACGAGGCUUGGUCCAGCAGAGAGCUGAGUGCUCUCGUCAGCUCUCACUUUGCUGGGAGCCAAAUGUGUUGAGCCCUGCUGCUGAACUGAAGCAUGCCCAGGCAGCAUCAAGAAUAAACUGGAAUUUUAUACAUAGAAAAUUUAAUUUACAUGUGUAUUAAAUGUGAAUGAGCAUUAAUAUAGAAUGUAUUUUAACAAAAAAUAUUGAUUGGUUACUUUGACCGAAUACAUUUCUCUAUUACCAUGUUACUCGUUCCAUACAUACCAAAUGAUGCAAGAGAUGCAGAACUGGUUUAGUUGUAUUACAAAGAAUCUUUGUAUUUUAUUUGUAUUUUAUUUUUCCCUCACUCCCACCACAUAUUGAGGUUAGUAGCCAUUAAGUAAUUAACCAGGGGUAGCAUGACUCAGUGGCUAGGCUGCCAGACUGAGACACAAGAUUUACUAACACAUGCAUAAAUCCUUGCAAGCCUGGGGACUUGGUGAGAAGGUAUGGCUUCAGAGCUCUGCCAUUGCCUUGCCCCAAGCUUCGGGUGGAUUUUGGCAGCUGGGAAUUCAAGGCAGGCCUCCAGUUAUGCAUCCAGGGCGCCAUGAAAUUUGGUGGGAGAAGGGUAACUGCUUUGAAAGUCCCACCUUAAGCAUUUUGUAAAAGGAGCCAUCAGUAUUAUUUGCCCACCAGUGUAUGAAGUGCUUUGAGAUCUGUGGGUGAAAAGAGGUAUGCAUUAUUAUUGCUUCUCCUCAAAGCAAACCAUUAGUGAAAGGACACAGGAGACUCUCCCUUUUCCCUCACCCUUCUCUCAUAGGCAUUUCAUGCUGUAGUGAAAUAGAAAUGUACUAAAGCAGAGCCUCUUGCAGAACUGGUGCUUCUGAAUGUGAGUUGCAUGAAUGCAAUGAGCAGAGUGCUGCUUGGGGGAUGAGAAAUACAUGGGAUGCCAGAGGGAAGAGCAGAUUUCAGAAAUGCAACAGUUGCUUUGGGUAGCAGGGGCAGGAGUAAGAAAGGCCCCUUUCAGAGAGAUGCUUGGAGUUCUCAAAGAGCCCAAACUAUUCUGCCAAGUAUCUGCUUAUGGAACCUAUGCAGUUUAUAAAAAAGCUGCUCUGGACAUCACUGGGGCCUUGAGCUUGCCUGCCUGAUGAAUCCAUUGAGAGGAAGGGAUGGAGAAAAGGCAAACUAAAAAGCCUUUUCAUCCUCUCUUCCACAACGUUAUUAUGUAUGAUAUUGGGUGAGUAGGUAGGAGCAGCAGUCAGGGAGCUGCUUUAUUAGGUGCAUAGUAACAUCUCUUAAAAGCACUUGCUCAUGAGAGAAAAGAUUGGCAGACUGGAAGAGCACACCCCUGAGGAUGGUGACCCGAACCCUACCAGGCACCAGCUCUACAUCCUGCCCUGCUCUGGUCUGUUUUCCAGGCAGUUUCCCUCUGUGUGUAGUGCUGUGCCUUUGAAAGUCACAUGCUUGUAAGAAUGCCGUUUUGGGUGGGAAUAGCCAGAGUUAGUUUUCCUGCAUUGGUGACGUGCAGGCAUCUUAGUGCUGUGUCCCGUGUAAGGUGUGCGAUGGUGGCUGGGGCAGCAGGGAGGAGCUUAGUAGGUCACUGCCCUUUUCUCCCUCUGCAAGGUGGGACAUGAUUCUGUGGCGGUAAAAGUGAUUGCAAUAACAUUAUGGGCAUUGCUUUGGAAAGCUGCCAUACAGGACAGAUUCCCAGCCUGUUUCAACAUGGUUCUUGAUCUUUCACUGGGGCCCAGGGCUGAAGUCCAUAGCUAUUUUACUCACAGUCAGCUUUAGCUGUGGCAGGAGGUGAGGUUACCAUUUCAUCCAUCCUUACCUUGUGUCCACCCUUACCACUCUGUUCUCAGAAAUUGUGUCCACCUUCCCCACUCCCAGAAGAGGGGAAGCAGAGGAAGGAGGAGAGAAACACCUCUUAUCUCCCACAGCUUGCAGCGAGACGCACCAGUGAGAGCUGCAGUUCAGCACAGUGUGUGUUACUGGGCUGCACUGUCCUUUCUGCACAGGCAGCAUCUUCUCACAGGGGGAUGAGGUGCCAUGGGAGAUGUAUUAUCCCUUGAGGAUCCAUGCAUGGUCCAUGCCGGACAGGGGUUAUGCAGAAGACAGCAGUCUUUUUAUGUGCCAAACCCAAGAUCUUUACACGGAGUGAUGCCUAGCUAAAUAAUCCAGUCUGAAAAUCAUGACCCAUUGAGGCUUCCCAGGCUGGGCACCCAGAAGAUGAGACCUCUCUGGCUGCAGGUUGCUCUGGAGCCUGGCCCAGCUUGCAGGUCUUUCUUGGUGCUGGCUAGUUUUGGUCUGGCCACAGGACACGGGGAAUUGGGAAGGACCCCUUCAGGGGCUCUAGCUGGAUGCCCCUUUCUGUAAAUCACCGAGCAGAGGGAAAUGGUUUGUUUUAUCUGUUUAAUUCUGGCAGGAGCUCUCCUCCCCCCUGGCAGCCUGUCUCUGCAGCCAGCUGCAGCUGGGAAGCCUUCACGUGACAGCCAGGCAGGAGUGACUCAGGGCAGCGGCUCUUAGACCCUGUUACAGGCUGGGCUUGGGGUGGUCCUUGCAGAGUUACCACAAAGCUGAAGGCUCAGGGAUGUCACUUCCAAGGCAGAUACUAAAAUAAAGAGAUCCCUUAAAUUUGGUCCUUACCUCUGAUAGGAAGGGCUCUGAGGGCAGACCCUGUCACCUUGGGUUUUUAUCAGACUUCUGAGACUUAGUUGCAUUGUUGGCAUCUGCUGUCUGUGGCAGGUCUAUGAAGGAAACCUCUUCGCUUACCCACAAUCACCCAUUCAGUGAACCAGAUUAUAUAUGUGCUCUAUGUUUGACUUUUUUCUCUUUGCUGACUUUUUUUUUAAA